AUGGCUGCACCGGUGGUGGUCAUACUUGUGGAUGAUAUAGACGUUGUAGAGGGUCUCGCUGCACCGGUGGAGACGGUGGUCACACUUGUAGAUGACAUAGAGGGUCUUGAUGCACCGGUGGCGCCCACAAUUGUGGAUGACGUAGAGGGUCUGGCUGUAUUUGGGGAAGCGAAAUAUAUGAAAUACCAGGAUGCUCUGAAUGAACUGGCGGAUGUUGUGAAAGCCUACCCCAGCUCCACUAGUCUGGACCAACAUCACCAGUCAGUAGCCAAGGACCUGACGGGCUCCUCAGCCCACAGCACCCCCUCCACCAUACUGGUCACCUACCUGCCCUCCACCAGCCAACAGAGCAAGAGGCCAAAGCACUUCCUGGAGCUCAAGAGCUUCAAGGACAACUACAACACACUGGAGAGCCCCAUGUGA